AGCUUUUCGGCCCAACAAAUUUAGCUUGGCUUUGUCUCUAACUUUAUCUUAGGCCCGAAUGCGCCGCAUCCAUACUAUUGCAGCGCACAUCAAUGGACAUGAUGAUGAGCCGCUGUGGGUAGGAUUAAUGGAUGCUGGUCACAACCCGGUUGCAAAGCCACGGUAUGGUUGCCGCUGUUCAGCAGACAAGUGGCAAUACGUGUGCACCUGCUAUCCCUGCCUGCGCAAAGCUGGGAGAGAGGAGGAUUUUGAUUGGACACCUUCGGCAAUUUUGGCAGAGCCCGAGAAGAUUCCACCGCAAUGGAGGAGCAAAGCGAGCCUGCAGCCCGUGAGUUGCAGCUCUGAUUUGCCGAGACCCUCACCUCCGAUUCAAGAAGAUCUUCAGCAGAUGGAGGCUGCUGGCAUGACAAGGUUCAGGCUGGGCAAGGAUGGUGCGAUUGGCCCUCUGGCCCCAUCUGCGCAUCCUCGCUUCGGAGGAAUUUCUACUUUCGCUAGGCUCCCGCAACUGCAUGAGGUGCGCACGAUACAGCCCAGUUCCAAAGCGACUCUACGACUGCGAUUCGCACAGGGGGCAGAGGCCGCAGGGACCACAGUCACUUUGGGCGAGCAGUCUGCCAGCGUCCAACCUGGCGCGGAGACCUGCUUGUCGGUGGCACCAGAGGACGGGACUUUGCAGGUGGAGGUGGCGGGAACGCAGUUCAAGCUUGGUCUAUGGACAUUGCCUCAUGACCGCUGGCAUUGUGAGAGAUUUCUCCUAUCUGACAAGGCAGUCGAGUUCGAUCUUUUUCUAGACCGGCAGUUCAAGCAAAUAGAUAUUGCUCUUAUCGGUGUUCCGUUUGAUUCAGGAUGUAGCUUCAGGCCUGGAGCGCGAUUUGGGCCUGAAGCGAUCAGAAGCAAUUCCCGUCUUAUCCGGCCGUACAUGAUCGCCCAGCAGCAGCGUCCGUUGGUAGAUCGGCAAGUGGUGGACACGGGAGAUGUGAUUCCAACACCAUUCAACAUCAAGCAGGCAGUAGACACAAUCUACCAAGCCUGCAAGCACAGGCUGCAGAUAGCCAAGCGGUUGGUUGUGAUCGGGGGAGACCAUACCCUUAGCUAUCCCUCCAUCAAAGCCGUGGCUGAGAAAUAUGGUCGAGUCGUACUGGUGCACUUUGAUUCGCAUUUGGACACCUUCCCUCCCCUAUUCGGUCAGGACGUGUGGCAUGGAGCGCCAUUCCGCAAUUGCUGGGAGGAGGAUCUUCUAGCAAAAGAUGGCUCCACCCACGUCGGGAUUCGCGCCACAACUUACUCUGCUGAAGACUUCCAUGAGUCGGAUCAGAUGGGGAUUGCGACAUUGACAGCUGAGGAUGUCCAUGAAUAUGGAUCUCAAGCUUGCGUUGAUACUAUUUGGCGCCGUUGGAAGAAAUCCGGAGGAGAGCACCAGUCUACCUCUCUGUGGAUAUUGAUGUCUUGGAUCCAUCUGUUGCGCCAGGCACUGGCACACCAGAAUAUGGUGGAUUGCUGGCACACCAGCUGCUCCAGAUCAUCAGAGGUCUUCGGGGUCUACCCAUUGUGGCAGCUGAUGUUGUGGAGGUUGCACCCGCCUACGAUCAUGCAGGAAUCACUGCCAUGGCUGCAGCUAACAUCCUUCUGGAGCAGAUUGGGCUGAUCAGCAGUUGCAUGACGUCAGACGGAUUUGACAAAGCAAAUCCAUGAGGCCAAUCGUUUUGACAAUAGGCUAGGCCGUUGUGGGUUUAGGUCCCUCCGAAAGUGGACUCGGACCUCGUGGUUGUCAAAAAUGGCAACAGCGCUCUAUGUCACAGAUCAUGCA